CAAACGAUUAAUAUUAUUUUCACAUGAGUAUUCGAAAAGAGUUUAUUAAAUAUGUUGAAACGGGAUGAAAAGUCUUUCAUUAUAUCUGAUAGUGAAGAAGAAGCAGAAAGUUAUAGUAAAAGAAAUAAUACUUGUUUAAAUACAAGAAUAAUUAAAGAUACAGAUACAGAAAGUGAAAAUUCUGAAAAUGCUUACAAGAGUAACAACACUUCUUACAAUAGCGAUAUUGAAUCAGUGAAUUCAGAUGAAGAUGAUGUACAAUUUAUGAAUAAAAGUCAUAAAGUAUCUAUAAUAGAUGAUUCAUCAGAUUCGCAAGAUGACCUUCGCAAUAAAGAGAAAGAAAAAAAAAUCAAAGAAAGCAAUUCUUUUAUUAAAGAAACAUCCUAUUCAAAAGAUAAUGAAAUUAUUUUUACAGUUAAUGAUUCAGCAGAUGACUGUUCAAUAAAGGAAACAAAUGUGAGCUUUACAAAAGAACAAAAAACAACCGAUGAAAUUAUAAUUGCUAGUUCGACAAGUACUUCAGAAAAUGAAAUAAAUGAAGAUGUAAUGACAUUUGCAAAACGAGAAAUUGGAGUAAGUAACAUAGAUCCUAUCGAAGCUCAAAAGAAAGAACAAUUAUGUCUUCAGAUUGAUUUUAUUAAAGAAAAGCUCUACAAAGUUUGUAAAUUUGCUGAAUCCAUAGACGUUGAACUGUUACCAGAUAAAGGUGUAAAAGUAUAUGAUUUAAUACGACAGCAUCAAGAAGAACUUUUAUUAUUGAAAACUAAAUUAGCAAAACUCGCACGAAAAUCAGAAAAGUUUCAAAUUCAAGAUAAUGAAGUAGAGCAAUCAAAUAUUGAUUUGAAGACCAGUUUUGAGGAUGCUAAUACAACAAAAAAAUUUAACAAAAAUAAAAAUCACAAUAUUUUUAAUGAAUUUGAUGUACGUAAAAUUCCAAGUGAACCUAAAGAUUCUUUUAAUCCAUCAAACCUUAGUGAAAAAGCUAUGAUGAAAUAUAAUAAAGACAUGUCAAUGGCAGACCAAAGACUUCAACAACUCCAUAAAUCAUUAGUAGGACGCCCUGCUGAAGAUCAAAAAGAGAAAGAUCCCACUGGUUUAAAAAUUUCACUUAUGCCUCAUCAGCAGCAUGCUUUGGCAUGGAUCAAAUGGAGAGAAACUCAAAAACCUAGUGGGGGUAUAUUAGCCGAUGAUAUGGGAUUGGGUAAAACUUUAACAAUGAUAUCUUUAAUUUUAUCAACAUCAAAUGAUGACUGCAGUAGCGACGAUGAAUCUUUUACAGAUUAUAAAGACAAAAGAUAUUAUGGUGGCACUUUAGUUGUAUGUCCAGCUUCAUUGAUAGAUCAGUGGAAUACAGAAAUAAAAAAUCGCUGUAAGCGUGGUUUACUUUCUACUCUUGUAUUUCAUGGUAAUAAUAGAAAUAUGGAAGACAAAAAAUUAUCAAAAUACAAUGUAGUUAUUACAACAUAUCAAGUUUUAGUCAGAGAGGCAUCUGCAGAAACAAGCAUGUAUCAAAUGAAAUGGAAUAGAGUCAUUAUUGACGAAGCUCAUUACAUAAGAAAUCACAAAAGUAAGGCUUGCUUAGCUGUAUGCGGUUUACACGCAAAGCAUAAGUGGGCUUUGACUGGAACACCUAUACAGAACAAAGAAAUGGAUUUAUAUGCCAUUCUUAAGUUUUUGAAAUGUUCACCGUUUGAUAAUUUGCAAUCCUGGAAACGUUGGGUCGACAAUAAAAGCGAAGCUGGUAAGCAUAGAUUAAUAACAAUUAUGAAAACAUUACUGCUUCGACGAACAAAACAGGAACUGCAGUCAAACGGUACAUUACAAUCUUUACCGGAUAAAAAUGUAGAAAUUAUUGAAAUUGAAAUGGAUCAUGAGGAAAAGCUAGUUUAUCAAAAAAUGUUGUUAUUCUCACAAAAUCUUUUUGCACAGUUUUUAUAUCAACGGGCUGAAAAGCAACAAAUGCACGAUUUGAAUGAUGGUAAAGUUAGCGAAUCAUCACUUUCAUCUUUUGGCUCCAAAACUCAGUUUACAAAGGCUCAACAAAUGCUAUUAGACUAUCAUAGGUCAACAGUUCAAGCUCACGAAAUUUUGACUUUGCUUUUACGUUUGCGACAAUUAUGCUGCCAUCCAGCAUUGAUACAUUCAUUAUUAGAUAAAGAUGAUGCAGCAAUGAAUGGCCUAGAUGAUGAAGAAGAGGUAAAUACAGAUCUUUUAAAUAAAUGGCAAAAUAUGUCCAUUAAUGAAAAUGAUAAUGUUCAACAAAGCACUUUUAAUUAUAAAAUUGACAAAAAAGUUGCAACGAAUCUUUUAACAAAGAAAAAUCCAGUUUUUAACAAUGAUCGACGCAGUUCUAAGAUACGUGCUGUAAUGAAGAUUAUUAAAAGAAUUUUAAGAAAAGGAGAUAAACUAAUUGUAGUAUCACAAUGGACUAGCUUUUUAAAAGUAGUAGCUCAGAAUUUAGAAGAUAUAGAGAAUGCAAAAUAUGCUGUUUUCACAGGAAAUGUUCCUGUAAAAGAUAGACAGGCAGUUAUAGACAAAAUUAACGAUCCCUGCGAUGAUGUAAAUAUUCUAUUAUUGUCACUUACUGCCGGUGGUGUUGGUUUAAAUAUUAUUGGUGCCAAUCAUCUACUUCUUAUUGAUAUUCAUUGGAAUCCUCAAUUAGAAGCUCAAGCUCAAGAUCGUAUAUAUAGAUUUGGACAAAAUAAAAGUGUUUAUAUUUAUCAAUUUAUCUGUAAGGAUACUAUUGAAGAGAGGGUGAAAAGAUUACAAGAUAAUAAGCUAGGAGUAGCAAAUAAUAUUUUAACUGGCACAAGAUUAUUAUCUUCAAAAUUAACUGUUGAAGAUCUAAAAUUAUUAUUUUCAUAAAUAUCUUCUAUUUAUUUUUAAUUUUUAAUCAAAUUUAAUCAUAAGCAUUAAU